CAUCUUGGCUCAGUGCUCUCACGGAGACCUGAGAAAGCAAUAAACAAAAGACCACCAGAAACCCAUCUCCAAAAAGCAAAAGCGAAAGCGAAAAGCUCUAAAUCAAACCAAAAAGCACUCUCUUUCUCGCUAAGUAAUGAAAAUGCAGAACAAGAAGCAGCAGAAGAUCCCACUUUUAUAUUCUGCAGUAUCACCCAUUAUCCCUCUCACAUCUUUCCCGUCAAGGUCACCCUCCGAUUCACACCCAUGUCGUCAGAGAUUGUUCUUGCUGACCCUUUCAUCGAGCCCAAUUCCACUAUUGACCCAACAACUGAUCAUGCCAUUGCAACCUCGUCGCCCCUCCCGUCUGGUUAUCAUGAUGUUGAUGAUGACACUCCUGAACCUUUUGAUAGUGAGAGGUUGCCUCCCACUUUGGUGCGGGAAAUCCAGAGGUUUCUCCGUGUUGCAAAUUCCAUCCAAAUUCAAGAGCCUCGAGUGGCUUAUCUUUGCCGAUUUCAAGCUUUUGAAAUAGCACAUAACAUGGACGGAAAUUCAAGCGGACGCGGCGUUCGACAAUUUAAAACUUCUCUUCUUCGGCGACUUGAACAUGAUGAAAAACCAACUUAUGAGAAAAGAAAAGAGGAGAGUGAUAUACGCGAACUUAGACGUGUUUAUCAGGCAUACAAGCAAUAUAUAAUUAGAAGUGGUGGAACCGAUUUCAAUGACAGUCAUAAAGAGAUGGUGAUAAAUGCAAGAAGAAUCGCAUCUGUGUUGUAUGAAGUAUUAAAGACAGUUACCGAUGCAACUGGUCAUCAGGCUCUUGCUGAAAGGGACAGUAACCGUGCAAAAUCUGAGCUCUAUGUAUCGUAUAACAUUCUUCCUUUAGAUCACGGAGGUAUUCAGCAAGCAAUUAUGCAAUUCCCUGAGAUUAAAGCUGCAGUUGCAGCUGUACGAAACAUACGUGGUUUACCUUCAGCUCAAGAUUUUCAUAGAUGUGGGCCUUUCAUUGAUUUGUUUGACUUUCUUCAGUGUUGCUUUGGGUUUCAGGAAGGAAAUGUAGCCAACCAAAGGGAGCAUCUGAUUUUACUUCUUGCUAACACCCAUAUAAGACAAUCUCACAAACAGACAUCUAUCUCAAAGUUAGGAGAUGGAGCUGUGGAUGAAUUGAUGAAAAAGUUUUUCAAGAAUUAUACUAAUUGGUGCAAAUUUUUGGGGAGAACAAAUAAUAUCCGGUUGCCUUGUGUGAAACAGGAAGCUCAACAAUAUAAAAUCCUAUAUAUAGGGCUUUAUCUUCUUGUAUGGGGAGAGGCUGCAAACUUGCGGUUUAUGCCAGAAUGUCUAUGUUAUAUUUUUCACCAUAUGGCAUAUGAAUUGCAUGGUAUGUUAACUGGUGAUGUUAGUGCGACAACUGGGGAGAAGGUCAUGCCAGCAUAUGGAGGAGGAUUUGAGUCUUUUCUUAAAAACAUAGUUACCCCCAUGUACAGGGUUAUUUAUGAGGAAGCUGAGAAAAACAAAAGUGGGACAGCUGAUCAUUCUACAUGGAGAAACUAUGAUGAUCUAAAUGAGUAUUUCUGGUCACCUGACUGUUUCCAAAUAGGUUGGCCCAUGCGUCUGGAUCAUGAUUUCUUCUGUGUACAGACCUCAAAUAAACACAAAGUUAAGAAAACUAUAGAUGAAAAGAGGAAGAGUGAAGCCAAAGAAGAUGAAGAAUUGGGCCUAAACAGAGACGAAGAGGCUCCUAGAAAUGAUCAUCGUGAACCAAGAUGGCUAGGGAAGACAAAUUUUGUAGAGAUUCGCUCGUUUUGGCAAAUUUUCAGGAGCUUUGAUAGAAUGUGGAGCUUUUUUAUCCUAUGCCUUCAGGCAAUGAUAAUUAUGGCUUGCCAUGAUUUGGAGUCUCCACUUGAAAUGCUUGACGCAAUAAUAUUCGAAGACAUCAUGAGCAUCUUCAUUACAUAUGCUAUUCUUAAACUUAUACAAGCAAUUCUUGAUAUUGUCUUCACAUGGAAAGCCAGACUCACAAUGGAUGUCUCUAGGAGAAGAAAAUUAUUAUUAAAACUACUUGUUGCGAUCAUAUGGACAAUUCUUCUUCCUGUACUUUAUGCUAAAUCUAGAAGGAAAUACACCUGUUAUUCCACGCAAUAUGGAAGUUGGCUUGGUCAAUUGUGUUUCUCCUCCUACAUGGUUGCAGUUGCAAUUUACUUGAUGACUAAUGCAGUUGAAAUGGUCUUGUUUUUCGUUCCUAUAGCCAGCAAAUAUAUUGAGAUAUCAAAUAAUCGCAUAUGUAAAACUUUAUCUUGGUGGAUACAGCCAAGGUUAUAUGUUGGACGUGGGAUGCAAGAAACCCAAGUUUCAGUUUUCAAAUAUACAUUAUUUUGGGUAUUGGUACUGUCGAGCAAAUUUUUAUUCAGUUAUAGUUUUGAGAUCAAACCACUCAUUGAACCAACAAGACUAAUCCUGAAAAUUGGUGUGCAAAAUUAUGACUGGCAUGAGCUUUUUCCAAAAGUAAAGAGUAAUGCAGGGGCAAUUGUUGCUAUAUGGGCUCCAAUUAUUGUAGUGUAUUUCAUGGACACACAGAUAUGGUAUUCUGUGUUCUGUACAAUCUUUGGUGGACUUUAUGGCAUAAUACACCAUCUUGGAGAGAUCCGGACAUUGGGAAUGCUGAGAAGUAGGUUUCACACGUUACCUUCUGCAUUCAAUGUUUGCCUAAUCCCGCCCUCAGCAAAAAAUGGUCAGAAAACAGAAGGAAUGAAUUUCUUUUACAAGAGAUUUCACAAGGUGUCUGAAACUAGAUCCAAUGCUGUUUCCAAGUUUGCUCUUGUAUGGAACCAAAUAAUCAAUACUUUCCGGCAAGAGGACUUGAUAAGCAAUAAGGAAUUGGAUUUAAUGAUGAUACCUAUGUCUUCAGAGCUAUUUUCUGGCAUGAUUCGCUGGCCUAUUUUUCUCUUGGCAAAUAAGUUUUCAACAGCAAUAAGCAUUGCUAGAGAUUUUGUAGGAAAGGAUGAUAUUCUUCUCAAAAAGAUAAGAAAAGACAAGUACAUGUACAGUGCUGUGAAGGAGUGCUAUGAGUCACUCAAGAAUAUACUUGAAAUUCUCAUAAUAGGCAAUAUGGAGAAAAGGGUUGUGUCCUGUAUACUGAAUGAAAUUGAAGAAAGCAUUGGGAGAUCAAGUCUGCUUGAGGAUUUCAAGAUAAGUGAGCUUCCAGCUUUACUAGCAAAAUGCACCGAAUUAGUUGAACUUCUGGUCGAGGGAAAUGAAAACCAGCAUGGUAAUGUUGUGAGAGUUCUCCAGGAUAUGUUUGAGCUUGUAACAAAUGAUAUAAUGACAAAUGGUUCAAGAAUAUUGGAUUUGCUCUCCCCGCAACAGGUGGAAGAUAGUUUUGCUUACUUUUCCAGAAUAAUUGAACCACAAUUAUUUGAAUCGGUUGUUGAUUGUUCUAUCCAUUUUCCGCUGCCAGAUUCUUGUCUUCUCAACGAGCAGGUUAAGCGUCUUCAUUUGUUGCUUACUGUGAAAGAUAAAGCCAUGGAUGUACCUGCUAACUUGGAAGCUCGAAGGCGUAUUUCAUUCUUUGCUACUUCACUUUUUACUGAUAUGCCCAUUGCUCCGAAAAUACGCAAUAUGCUGUCUUUCAGUGUCAUGACUCCACAUUACACGGAGGACAUAAAUUAUUCAAUGAAGGAGCUCAAUUCAAGCAAAGAAGAGGUUUCUAUCUUAUUUUAUAUGCAGAAAAUAUAUCCAGAUGAGUGGAAAAACUUUUUGGAGCGCAUGGAGUGUGAAUAUUCAGAAGUAUUAAAAGAUGAAAGCAAGAAGGAAGAGCUGAGAAAUUGGGCUUCCUUCAGGAGUCAAACAUUAAGUAGAACAGUCAGAGGAAUGAUGUACUAUAGAGAAGCCUUAAGAGUUCAGGCAUUUCUUGAGAUGGCUGAGGAGGAAGAAAUUAUUGAAGGUUUUGAUGGUGCUGAAAGAAAUAAUCGUGCUUUAUUUGCCCAGUUAGAUGCACUAGCAGACUUAAAAUUCACUUAUAUCAUUUCUUGUCAAAUAUAUGGAUCACAAAAGUCCUCUGGAGAUCCUCAUGCAAAUGACAUUCUUGAAUUAAUGAAAAGGUAUGCAUCUGUCCGUGUUGCUUAUGUUGAGGAGAAAGAAGAGAUUGUGAAUGAUAAACCUCAAAAGGUUUAUUCUUCAAUCUUGGUGAAAGCUGUUAAUGGUCUCGAUCAGGAAAUUUAUCGGAUAAAGCUUCCCGGCCCACCAAAUAUUGGAGAAGGGAAACCUGAAAAUCAAAAUCAUGCCAUAAUUUUCACGCGUGGGGAAGCUCUUCAGACUAUUGAUAUGAAUCAGGACAACUAUUUGGAAGAAUCUUUCAAAAUGAGAAACCUUUUACAAGAAUUUUUUAAGCAGCAAGGGCGACGACCCCCAACAAUACUUGGCUUAAGGGAACACAUAUUCACUGGAAGUGUUUCUUCUCUAGCAUGGUUCAUGUCAUAUCAAGAAACAAGCUUUGUCACUAUUGGUCAAAGGCUUAUUGCCAACCCUCUGAGGGUACGUUUCCACUAUGGACACCCUGAUGUAUUUGAUAGGUUGUUUCACAUUACAAGAGGUGGCAUAAGCAAAGCAUCAAAAACGAUAAACUUGAGCGAGGAUGUAUUUGCUGGGUUUAAUUCUACCUUGCGACGGGGCUGUAUUACUUAUCAUGAGUACCUGCAAGUUGGUAAGGGGCGUGAUGUAGGCCUAAAUCAGAUUUCAAAGUUUGAAGCCAAAGUAGCUAAUGGAAAUAGUGAACAAACACUAAGUCGUGACAUAUACCGACUUGGACAAUGGUUUGACUUCUUUCGUAUGCUAUCCUGUUACUUCACAACCAUUGGGUUUUACUUCAGUAACUUGAUAUCAGUAAUUGGAGUUUAUGUGUUCCUCUACGGGCAACUAUACCUUGUUUUAAGUGGCCUUCAGAAAACGCUAGUCCUUGAGGCUAGAAUGCAUAAUAUAAAAUCAUUGGAAACAGCUCUUGCGUCUCAAUCAUUUAUCCAGCUUGGGCUUCUCACAGGCUUACCUAUGGUGAUGGAGAUUGGGCUUGAGAAAGGAUUUCUCACAGCCUUCAAAGAUUUUAUCCUCAUGCAAUUGCAGUUAGCUGCUGUUUUCUUCACUUUCUCACUUGGAACAAAAACUCAUCAUUAUGGUAGAACAAUUUUGUAUGGUGGUGCAAAAUACAGACCUACCGGGCGUAAGGUGGUGGUAUUUCAUGCUAGCUUCACUGAGAAUUACAGAUUGUAUUCCAGAAGCCACUUUGUUAAAGGAUUUGAACUAGUGCUCCUUUUAAUUGUUUACGAUUUGUUUAGGCGUUCCUACCAGAGCAGUAUGGCUUAUGUGCUUAUUACUUAUUCAAUUUGGUUCUUGUCAAUAACUUGGUUAUUUGCACCAUUUCUAUUUAACCCUUCUGGCUUCAGCUGGGACAAAAUAGUGGAUGACUGGAAAGAUUGGAAUAAAUGGAUCAGGGAGCAAGGUGGUAUAGGAAUUCAGCAGGAUAAAAGUUGGCAGUCUUGGUGGAAUGAUGAACAAGCACAUCUUCGUCGUUCAGGACUGGGUGCUAGAUUUUUUGAGAUACUACUUUCUGUUCGAUUUUUUAUGUACCAAUAUGGUUUGGUGUAUCACCUUGACAUCUCACAACACAGCAAAAACUUCUUAGUUUAUCUGCUUUCGUGGGUUGUGAUUCUUGUAGUUUUUCUAUUAUUCAAGGCUGUGAACAUGGGAAGGCAGCAAUUCAGUGCUAGUUACCACCUAGUUUUCAGACUUUUUAAGGCGUUUCUCUUCAUUGCAGUUGUUUCCAUUGUAAUUACUCUUUCACUUAUCUGUGAACUAUCCUUGAAGGACGUAAUUGUAUGUUGUCUCGCGUUUUUGCCCACUGGAUGGGGCUUGAUAUUGAUUGCACAAGCUGUGAGACCCAAGAUAGAGAAUACAGGAGUGUGGGAGUUCACCGAAGUCCUUGCAAAGGCAUAUGAUUAUGGAAUGGGUGUUGUUCUUUUUGCACCCAUAGCUGUUUUGGCAUGGCUUCCUAUCAUCUCAGCCUUUCAGACUCGUUUUCUUUUCAAUGAAGCCUUCAACAGGCAUUUGCAAAUUCAACCUAUUCUUGCAGGGAAGAAGAAAAAGCAAUGAUCACGCUUUGAACUUUGCAAUUUUUAUAAUUUUGUGAAAUUUGUUCAAUAGAACAAUUAGGAAGCAUCCCAAAUUUAUUUUGUAUAUAGAAUCAUUUUUCAUUAGUCUUAAUAAAACAUAAAAUGAAACACAUCGUGUAUAUUUUAUUUGACUUGUAUAGAAGAUUCAGUCGAGGAUAAUUAUAUAGUUCGCAUAGCGGUUCUUUUUC